CGUGGGAAAUUAAUUCCGUAUGUCUAUUGUUUCCUUCCGGUGGUCGAUGGCCGACUGCCUCCUGUGAAUCUCGUAGCGAUCGGUUUCGCGAUACAGGUUCUAAUUUCGUUCUUUGAUAUCCGAUUGAAAUAAUCAUUGAAGAAAACAGGGAUCGUUCGUGGGAUGAUAAAUGAAAUGGUAAAUGUCUACCAUGGAAGCGAGGAAUGCUGACCAGUGAGUCGGUUGACAUAUUAACAAGCAAAAGAGCAACUAGUUCAUCGGAUACGUUAUCUGCAAGAAAAACAAUCGUGACUUCCAGAAACAUUCAAUGAAAGCACAGGAGAAGUGAAAACAACUUGCUGACGAAAUCAACAAUGUGAUUAUGUGUGUGAUAAUUGUCGCUGUUUUUCUGGCCAUGGGGAAACCAGAUCAACUGUGUCCAGGUUAAUCAGUUUCCAAUCUCUCCUCAGCAGAGAGAGAGAGUGAAGGGGUGGAGAGAACAUUUUGCACAGGAAACUGGAGGGUCUUGAAUAGGAAGGAAGGAAACUGGUAUUGUUGGCAAGGACACCACACUGCCUUGUCCUGCCCUUGCGCUGUGCGUUUUAGCCAAUACAAUGCUGGUGUGACAUGCGCAAUGGCGGCACAAGGAAGAAGUGUCUACCCAUCAUACAUGCACACUAACGUGCCACAGUCGACGACACAGUCCCAUCUGAUCAAGAGCGUACGACAGGGUGCGACUCAAAUGGCGGAGUACUACCACAAUAAUAUGGUUCCCAAUGGGAGGACCUCUCCAUCGGGGGAUGGCGGUGACACUUACUAUCCGCCCAGAUCUGACGGCAGGCGGGUGCCAAGUAUGGAUGAUCCAAUGAAACCAAAUGAAGAAGUAGAUAGACUAACCCAAAGCGGCACAAAUAGUGGUGGGGCUUUACCAUCAGGACAUUUUAUAGCUACUCCUGUGAGAGUAGAGGACAAGUAUGAAAGAAACUAUGAGGAUCCUAGAUUAGUAGGGGAUCGAUUGGAGCAAGGUGGUGAAGUCAGACCAGCCCUCCCGCAAGAAUCACGGACGAGCACGGCAACUAGGGUGCAACUGAUGCGGAACCAAGAUCAGAUAAACACUCCGUCAGGGAACAGCCGCUUUUGGAGGGAUGGUGUGCCGGACGAUAAACGGACUCGGAUGACUGGUAGCCCUCAUCGACGGCACAACACCAGCCCAGAUAAUAAGUACUUUGUAUCAUCUCAGGGAACCAAUGAUGCUUCCAGACAGGCAGCCUUGACCACGGAUAAUGUAAGGAACCUCAUACGGAACGAACGUACACAGCUUCGACGUAGCAAUAGUAACUCUACCCUUAACGAAAUCAAUGACAGAAUGGACUACCAUCACACCGCCCUGUUACCCCGACGAGAAUAUGGUAGUACCUCAUCUAUUGACGUACAGAGUGUAGGUGGGGAGAGCUUCUUCCAAAUGCUGCAAGACUAUCGGGCAGACACGGAUCAAAGAAGCCCUGCGCCACCUCAGUUUAAUAAACUCCUCCAGGGAAAAGUAAACAGAGGUGCCCAUUUCGAAGAUAGUGAAAGAAGUAUGCCUUCUGUUUCCAAACAGACAACUGUCGAAAAGUCUGGUAGUAGAGAACUCCUGUACUCUAAAGAUAGUACUGAUAAUGCUGACUUUGGGGGAAGCCCUAAGAUUUCUCGAAGGCAGAGCAAGCGUAACAAGAAGAACCGAACUAAGUCUGUGUCAGCAGCGGAUCAAUCCUUCUUCAAGAAGAAACUGCGGAGCAGCGUGAAGGGCAGCGACCGUGGGGAGGCCAUGGAGAAGAAUUCUCGGGCAGAGGAGGAAGACAUAAGUCUUGAGGAAAGGAUCGAGGAGAGGACGAGGCAACUUGCCUUCCAGCAUUACGACGUCCAGAGUACAUACUUUGACGUUCAGGAUGUCAUCAAGAAUAAAAAACUAACCGGCCGGAAAAGAAAUACAACAACGGGUGCCUCAGCUGCUUCUCGACACAGUGCCAGUAACACUCCAGAGGGAAGCUUAGAGGAUCUCCUAAAGGUAGAGCACCUCAACGAUGAAGGAGACGGGAGGGGCAACUUGCUCAUUGCGAGCUGCCCCUUCUUCCGGAAUGAGAUCGGUGACGAGGUCGAGCCCAGGGUUUCCUUUUCGCGUAUCGGCAUGCUGAACGCCCGGGCUAUGCAUCGGGAGAAACACCGGGCGAUCUUAGAGGCGGAGGCUGACAGGCGGAUAGCAGAGAAGAAUGGGAACACGUGGAAGGGACCUGUUAUUGAAUUCGUGGAUCAUGGGGCCAUGUAUUAUAGGAAGAAAUUCCAUGGAUUCGAGCACCAAAACUUCUUUGGAGUGGACGAAACUUACGGACCAGUGGCAGUCAGUGUCCGCAGGGAGAAGCUGGACGAUAUUGAUGGGCUGACAGACACCAAAGAUAAAGACUCAUCGGCCAAGUACCAGUACAGAGUCAUCUUUAGAAUGAGUGAGCUGGUCACACUACGAGGUGUCAUAGCCGAAGAUGCCAUCCCGUCUACCGCUAAGCACAACUCCCCCAAGGGACUUCCAUUACGAGAUGUCUUGGACUACGUGGUCCCCGAUCUUCCCCUGGCCUGUCUGAGGUUGGCGCUGAGUACCGCUAAAGUUACUGAGCAGCUACUCAAGCUUGAUGAACAAGGGGUGAGCAAUAAGUACAAAGUGGGCAUCAUGUUGUGUAAAACCGCUCAGAAUACAGAGGAGGAUAUGUACAAUAACGAGCAUUCCACCCCAGCCUUUGAUGAGUUCCUAGAAUGCAUCGGAGAGCGAGUACGCUUAAAAGGGUUUGACAAGUACAGAGCUCAACUGGACAACAAGACCGAUUCCACUGGUACCCAUUCCGUCUAUGCCACAUACCAAAGCCAGGAGAUCAUGUUCCACGUCUCCACCAUGCUGCCUUUCACCGCCAAUAAUCGUCAGCAAUUGCUGAGGAAGCGACACAUCGGCAACGACAUCGUCACCAUCGUGUUCCAAGAACCGGGAGCCGAGCCGUUCACGCCCAAGACCAUACGCUCGCACUUCCAGCACGUGUUUGUCGUCAUACGCGCAAUUGACCCCAACACAGACAAUGUGUUUUAUUCGGUCGCUGUGACGAGGUCGAAGGAUGUGGCGUCGUUUGGGCCGCCCCUUCCAAUGAAUGCAACCUUCCCCAAAGGACCAACGUUCAGUGAAUUCCUGCUGGCAAAGAUCAUCAAUGCCGAAAAUGUAGUCCACAAAUCAGAAAAGUUUAUUGCCAUGGCGACAAGAACAAAGUCCGAAUAUCUGAAGGAUUUGGCUGAAAACAGUGUGACGACCACAACGAUUGACUCUGGAGUGAAAUCAAGCAAGUUCAGUCUGUCCCACAAAAAGAGAGAGAAGACCUGCCCACGUCCUGCACCAGACUUUUCCUGCAAGGGAGCCCUCGUGUGGAGAGUUGAGGUCUUUCUCUGGUCGCCCAUCAAGACUGACCACAACACGAAGGUGGAUGAAUUCAGCCUGUCUGAUCCAGUAGAGUGCAUCUGUGCUGUCUCUCCAGAGCUCUUCACAUUGGUCAGAGAAUGUAACAAAGACGUCAUCUUCAGUAUUCCUUGUAGAGCAAUCAUUGGAUGGACUGACAACCCACGCAAUCUCAAGGUGUACUUCAACGAGGGCAACUGUGUUCGGAUACGCAUUCCAGACGAGCAUCUUGACGAGAUUCCGGAGAUGGUGAAGAGACUGAUGGCUGUCUCAACAGGGAUCAAGACCCAGGAGAUCACCCUACUGCGUAAUGGUCUAGGCCAGCUUGGUUUCCAUGUCCACUAUCAGGGUAUUGUGGUAGAAGUGGAUCCCUAUGGAUGGGCGUGGCAAGCUGGUCUCAGGAAGGGGGCAAGGCUCGUUGAGAUUUGUGAGAUUGCUGUCUGUACCCAAAGUCAUGAUGAAAUGAUAGACCUUCUCAGAACCUCACAAACCGUUAAAGUUCUUGUUGUUCCACCCCAUGAAGAUGGCAGCCCAAGAAGGGGUAGCACUCCAAUUGACUACGAUGCAGCCCUGCCCCACACUGGCAAGGCACCCUUCAACAGAAGUUACAGCAAUGGCAAGGGAGGACAUAGCUAUCGUGCAGCUAUCACAAUAAGCAGAGAUUCAAGAAGCGGUCAUGGGUCACAUUCAAGGUCAGCCACAACACCGGGUACCCUUGCCUCUAUCUCCCACACCAGAACCGCUUCAGAGAUGUCCAGAGCCAGCGAGGACCCUGACAACCCAAACACCGUCCGAAACGCCAUCGCCACGCUCGAGCGACGCAUCACCCACCAACAGGAACCUCGGGUCGGAGGUCAACACCGGUAUCGCGCCACAGUCAACUACUGGAAGGAGGUAAACAACGCAAACCGGAUGGCCAUCAGGGAAUCCAGCAUCUCUUCGGGUCACGGCUCGUUGGAUAGCAGGGGCUCGCGAGAUGGGGCAGAGUUGACAUUCUCGCGGAUGGCGAAUGCCAGACGUAGUGCGCGAGAACUCAGGCCUCGACUGCAUGAGACUCCGGCGAGGCUGCAAAGCUCUCAGGAAGAGCUUGAGCAGAUCUCGUCACUAGCGGCCGUCAGACACUCUAAGAUUAUGGGCUCUCAAGAUGAGCUUCGAGAAGCCGGUGACGGUAGCUCACACGCCAGACAGAACUCAAUGGAAGAUAAAUUAGAACCUUACUCCAGAGGCAGAGUCCUGUCCGACUCCUCCAAGUCCUCAUUGCAGCGGUCGGGACGUCAUCAGCAAUCUGCGACCUACCCUGAGGGGAACAGAGAGCGAGGGAACCCGCCCCCAUUCGCCACGCCCAACAGUCACUAUCGAGCGCCCCCAAAACACACACCUGGUGGGGACUCUCUUGGAAUGACAAACAAUGAUGAGAAAUGGUACGAUACCCACGACGACCUCAAUGGUUACCAUGACAGCCGCAUUGCCUCGUCACAUGACGACGUUGCCGAGCCGACCUACAGCAUGGUACCAGUUAACAUACCAGUUCAGCACAGUAUACCGGGGGAGUAUAGAGAAAGUGAACUGUACGGCAAACCCGAACGUUAUAGUCCGACUGAGCAUCUGUACCCCGAGCAGCAGCGGACACCGGGCGAGUUGGAACAGCAGCAGCAUCUACAGCAGAGGGUCGGUAGGCCGGCUCCGAUCACCAGCAACCUCAACCUCCCUACGGCGAGUAGCUCCAACCUGAGUGACGUCUCGUUACACUCUCACUCCACACACUCAAGCGGAUCGAGUCAACGAGGGGGUGACAAUCUACGAUCUCAUGGAGGCAGUCUACCGCGCACUGUUAUGGUUAACAGAAGUCCUGAGCAAACUCGUAGGAAUACGGUACAUGGCACUGCACCUAGGGAUUAUAUGAGUAGUGGGCAUCGAAGAGCUGGUCCUUCUGCUUCAUCCAGUAGUAGUAUCAGUGAAAGCAGCUCUAGUCCCAGAAUCGCUCGCAGAAGAACAACAGAGGUCCGUAGCUCCAAUGACUCGCUUAACACCCGACUCCGCCAGGGUCUGGCAGGGACCAAAUCACUUCCGGCAAGCAACGAGGUCCAAGAAAACCUUCGCAAACUAAUCGCGCCCGAGUCUCUCAACAUCGAGCCGUCCAAAGCUGCAUCCACCUCGGCAUCGGGACCACAGGCCAACCCAUCAAGGGACCAUGCUCACCAGUCCAGCAGGCCUGGCUCUCUCCAUCGUACCUAUUCUGAUGAGAGUAUCGCAGCUGGGGGCGGGCCGUACAAUCGCCCACCUCGCAGGGAUAGCUAUGACAUGGACAGCCAUAACGAUGUCUUGUUUACAAGUACCAACUCAGAGCUCCAGAAUGCACAGGCACCCGACAACUAUAAAGAGCCCAGGAAGAGCAAAGAUGACCUCAACGCUAACAAUAACCGAGGAACAACGUCCAACCCGUCUCUGUUUCCGCUGCCGGACUCGGCCGCUAAUCUUGAUUGGCAUAAUCUGGUGGAGACGGCCAAUGCUUUUCAGGAUACUGGUUUAGACCAUCCAAGUUUUAAAUCAGCCUCAUCCAAUAAGCUGAAUGACAUGGGUGAUACCUCCUCCCUCGCAUUCCUCAACUCCGCCUCAAGCAUUGACAAGAAGAAGCUAUUGAGCAAGAGUACCGAUGCACUUUCCCCGUCAACAACGAGGAGAGCACGCCCUCAACUUAAUAAUGACCUUGAAGCGCACAAGUUCAGUAAAUCAUUUGACAACAGUGACGUGAAGCGGACACCCAGUUUUUUGGAGCACGAGCUCAGGAGAACGCGGGAGAGGCUGAAUAAGGAGCGACAGCAGAAAGAAGAGCUUGCAGGUCAAGUCCACAAACUCCUUCAUGACAACAAGAGACUACAGGGUGAGUCGGUGACAACAGCCGAGCAACUCCAACAGUUCACCGACUGGUUCUUCAAUGCUAUCGAGAAGUGAAUGACUGCUGCCACCAACUGCAGUGCAUAAUCAUGUGUGUGAUAUUUUUUUGUAUUAAAAAAAGUAUGCCUACUUAAAGAACUUGCUUGGAUGACCUGCGAGGAGAUUACUGGCUGAUGUCCUUGGUGAUUUUUCUCAAGCUUUCUCUUGAAACGCAUUAAGAGAAAUAUCAGAGGAGUUUUUGCUUCCAACUGCUGAUUUGUCAAGAUAAAAUAUAUAUGUAUGUACUAGCUGAUGAAUCAAAUAGUUUGCUUUUUCCGCCACAGGGAAUAGACCUUGUAAGCUGUUACUGGUUCUAACCUCACUGGCCAAGCAGAAUGGUGUCAUGUUCACAUUGUCACAUUGCACCUGUUCAAAGAUGGGGUG